AUGGCUGAAUCAAAUAACCACACUGCAAACUCAUCAUCACUAUCACAACCACGUGGUGGAGAUAUUAAUGCCAAUGUUAUACGUGAUAAUCCAUUAUCACAUAUUUCUCAUGACGAACAAGAUUUUUUUAUGGUGGGCACUAUUCAUAUACCGCUGUAUAAAAACAAAAAGAAUACUGCACCUGCACUCCUUGAGUGUAUAUCUAGUUCCAAUCAUUCACCUUCUCCAACAACUAGUACUGAUUAUGAACAAAGUAAAUUCAAGAGGAGAAAUCGCGUGGAAUUAGACGAUAAUAAGACAUCGUCAGUGAAAAAAAAGUUCACAGGGCACCAUAAUGAAUCACCUCAUCGAAGUCAUUUUUGGAAGAAGGACUAUAAUGCAUCGGCAAAUAAGCAAAGAAAAUUUAACUAUGACAUCUGCUUUCGCGGUAAAAGAAAUUCUACUUUGACAAGAGCUACAGCGCUAGAAAAGAACGAGGAAAACUGCGUUGAAUUUGCGAUGCAGGAGGAAGGAACAAAUGGAGGGAUACUAAGGCCAGGGAUGGUUCUUCUCAAACAUCACUUAACGCAUCAUGAACAGUUCUUUUUACGAUAUUUUCUUGAAAAACUUCAGGUAGAAAUAGUGAAAAGUUGUCGCGAUCUUGGUCUCGGUCCUGGAGGAUUCUAUCAACCAGGCUAUGCAGAUGGAGCCAAACUUAGAUUAAUGAUGAUGUGUCUCGGUAUGGAUUGGGAUCCUCAAACAAGAAAAUAUUAUGAAAGGUUAAUUGAUGGUGGCAAGCCACAGAGUAUUCCUUCUCACUUUAGUAAGUUGGUUAUAAGAGCUAUACAAGAAGCACAUCAGCUAUAUAAUCGGGAAUGUGGAAUAAGCUAUGUGGAGGAUAUACUACCUUCAAUGACUCCUGAUAUAUGCAUUGUCAAUUUUUAUUCAACUACUGGAAGGCUUGGUCUUCAUCAGGAUCGCGAUGAAAGCAAAGAAAGUCUUCGAAAAGGGUUGCCAGUUGUGUCCUUCUCUAUUGGUGAUUCAGCAGAAUUUCUGUAUGGAGAUCAAAGGGAUGUUGAGAAGGCAGAGAAUGUAGUUCUAGAAUCAGGAGAUGUUCUUAUAUUUGGUGGUGAUUCUCGACAUGUAUACCAUGGUGUCUCAUCUAUCAUUCCAAAUUCAGCACCAGAGGAAUUGGUUCAAGAUACCGGAAUUUGUCCUGGUCGCCUCAAUCUUACAUUUAGACAGUAUUGACAUCUCUUAAGCAGAAUUGUACCAUGAGCAACCCUAAUAACAGCGUCUCCAUCUGUUAUUUUUUACAUCCGAAAAGAAACAAAACCCUUCGUAUGGUCUGAUUUUCUCGCACUCGUGCUCAAUGCGGGUCUCAUCUACAAUUGCAUUUUAAAAUAUUGUUGUCCUCUACUGCGUUGAGUAUAUAGUUUUCUGUUUGUUUAAAUUCUCAUUUGAGUUAAUAACUGACCUCACUACUUUUAUAAUCUACAUUGAAAGUUAGUUGAUUGAAUUUAGUUUUUAGGAUAAGGUUGUUGAGCUAUAUUUA